AUGAUUCAGAAACUCUAUCCUUCUGUUCAAAUAACCCUUUUUCAAGACGUAAUAACUCUCUAUUUGAAUCUACGGCACCUUGGCGCCGCUCAGAAAAAUCCGGCCCCAGACCUAGAAAUAGCUCUCGAUGGAAAUUCGGAUCACGAUUCUCAUGUGAUGGCAAACGAGAUGGCAAUAUUCUUCGCCCUGCCCAAAGUGCUGGGAACUUGGUAA